CUCAUAGACGUGGGUUUUGCGAACAAUCCGGCGACCCUUUUGCUGUUUUCUUCUCUUGAUGAUCAUCAUCAUCAUCUUCUUCGUCUUUCUUUUUUCCAUGCACUUCAUCUCUCUGCCAGCUAAUUAACGAUCCAUAUACAAUAUAAUUUCUUUCAUGAAGCUGGACUCUGAUUUACUUUCAUUGGUCAGAAACACCGGCAGAACCCCAUUUUCAAACACCAUAUAAAUCCAAAACCACAUGCCCACUCUUUCUUCAUAUCUCACUCUUGUCUUCUCUCGUUUUCAUUCAUAUCCUCUUCUCUAAAAUGGCACUCGCUAAAGAAAGAAACCCUAACGAUCACUCCUCACACAUGUCUGGUUUAGUCCAUCAAUCAUACACAUUUUACGGAAGUGCCAUUGGAGAAGUCGAAGAAAGUGAAAGCCCAGAAAAGAAAGGGAAUUUCGCUGGAAGUUCAUCGAACUCUUCUUCACUUUCAAGUCCAAGCAGCGCUACGAAUUCGGUUGGAUUUCUAUACCGAAGCACCACAAAUCAUCAACAACAAUUACAACAAGAAGAAGGUCAUUCGGUUAUAAGCUUCAAGCCAGGAUACUACGAUAAUAGUUUCAUGCAAAGUGGUAGUGGUUCGUGUUUCCUUAGCUUUGAAGAAAAUGAAGAACAACCCUAUUCGAGUAACUUGAGCCCCGAUCAUCUUAUGAAUUUAGGGUCUAGUUCCUUCGAUAGCUUACGCUUGCUGGAAAAUAUGAAUUGCAUUCAAAGUCGUAACAUCAAAGAAAAUCAUCAUGAGGAAUUUGAAUCAUUUACAUGGCCAAAUCCUUCUUCUUCUGACAAUUACAAUGCCACACAAGAAUCAAAUUUCCAUAAGCGUAGUCAUUCGGGAGAGAGUGAUCAAGCUUUCAAAAAACAAUGUACCACUAACACAGCAACAAAGAAGAUUAAGCAAAAGUCAACUCAAGUUCAACCAAAGGAUCCACAAAGUAUUGCAGCAAAGAAUCGUAGAGAACGAAUCAGUGAGCGGCUGAAAGUACUUCAGGAUCUCGUGCCAAAUGGUUCCAAGGUUGAUUUGGUUACCAUGUUGGAGAAAGCCAUUAGUUAUGUGAAGUUCCUUCAGUUGCAAGUGAAGGUGUUGGCAACUGAUGAGUUCUGGCCAGUACAAGGUGGAAAACCACCUGAGCUUUCACAAGUUAAAGACGCGAUUGAUGCUAUACUUUCUUCUUCCCAAAGAGACAGAAGUUCAAGCUCUAAAUAAGAUUCCAAAGGAAAAAAUUCUAGAAACCAAGUAUUUAGAAUUCGAUCACAAUCCCGGAGGAUCAGAAAGAGAGGGGAACAAGAUUCGGUAUAGGAAGUUUUAAUUUAGUUUUAGUUAUAAUACUCUUCCAAAUCCAUUUCAUUUUUUAGUACUCUAAGUGAUUAUAUGUAUUCGGUUAUGCUUGUAUUAAGUAAAUAAG